CUCUCAUUGUUAUUUCAUCCAUCACCUACGAAAUUCUUUUGCAAGAUAAAGAAAAGAGAAAGUGUGCAAAAUGAUGUCAAGCAAGAUUUCUCUUGCUUUCUUUACUCUUAUAAUAACCCUAUCCCUAAUCCUUCCCUCUCGUGCCCAAGACAACCCACAAGAUUACCUUGAUGCUCAUAAUGCAGCUCGUGCAGCUGUAGGUGUUGGUCCACUAACCUGGGACACCACAGUGCAAGCCUAUGCACAAAAUUAUGCUAACCAACGUGCCGGCGAUUGCAACCUUGUCCAUUCAGGUGGACCUUACGGGGAGAACCUUGCAUGGAGCAGCGCGGACCUUUCAGGUACAGAUGCUGUAAAAAUGUGGGUUGAUGAGAAGGCUUACUACGACUACAGCUCCAACUCAUGUGCCGCUGGCCAGCAGUGUGGGCACUAUACUCAGGUGGUUUGGCGUAACUCUGCUCGCCUAGGAUGUGCUAAAGUGAAGUGUAGCACCGGAGGAACCUUCAUUGGGUGCAACUAUGAUCCACCCGGCAAUUAUGUUGGGCAAAAACCUUACUAAACCUUUCUGAUUAUGAAAUUAGUGCUUCUAUUACCUGGAAUAAUAGUGAUAAAUAAGCUGAUUUAUAUUGGCAUUAAUUAAUAUAUGAUAGAAAAAUAUUUGCUACAUCU